AUCCGCAGCAAAAUCAGCUGUGCAGCGCUGGUUGAGCAGAAACCUAAACAAUGCUGACGUUACCAAAAUUGUGUUUUAAAAUGUGCACAACAGCCCAACAUAAUUACCUAUUGAAAUAGUAUUUAAUGCCUUUCUCAACAGUAUUCGCUUGCUUUAUGUAAGCCAAUCACUUAAACAAACACCGACUGCCCAGGUUUCAACAAAUUGUUUCUGCUUGCACAAGUGGCGCCUGUCAUUUGUGAUAACAAGUGCCACAGUGUCUUUUUGCUUACGACGCAAACAGCUACCCACUGUCGCAGAAGAAAAUAAAAAGCUGUCGCACCAAAUUUGCAACUUCCCGGUGAGCUCAUCGGCAGGUGAAAGCGAAUUGCAUCAUGUUCUCGCAUUCGGGUCAUGUUAUGACGCUGGCAAACAGCAUAAUUGGCGUCGGCAUCUUGGCCAUGCCCUUCUGUUUCCAGAAGUGCGGCAUCAUCUUGUCCAUUGUGCUGCUUGUACUCAGCAAUUGGAUAACGCGCAUCUGUUGCCAUUAUCUGAUAAAAACUUCGCUGCUGACACGUCGCAAAAGCUUUGAAAUGCUGGGACUGCACGCUUUUGGCACAUCUGGCAAACUGCUGGCGGAACUGUGCAUUAUUGGCUACCUGAUUGGAACGUGCAUCACGUACUUUGUGGUCGUCGGCGACCUGGGCCCACAGAUUGUUGCCAAGCUGUUCUCCUUGGAUAUGGCGGAGAACAAUCAUCUGCGCACGGUGGUCAUGUUUGUUGUCACUGUCUGUUGCAUUGUGCCGCUGGGCAUGCUGCGCAACGUGGACAGCUUGUCGGCUGUGUGCACCGCCUCCAUUGGCUUCUAUGUGUGUCUUAUGCUUAAAAUUGUGCUCGAGUCCGAGGCGCACAUUAUCGCUAACGAUUGGACCGAGAAGGUGACUUACUGGGAGCCAGCGGGAGUGCUGCAGUGCCUGCCCAUCUUCAGCAUGGCGUUAUCCUGCCAAAUGCAACUCUUUGAAGUCUUCGACAGCAUCAACAACCAAAGUCUGGACAAGCUGAAUGGCAUUGUGCGCAACGCGACAUGGAUAUGUACACUGGUUUAUAUAGCCGUUGGUUUCUUUGGCUAUGUGGCUUUCUGCACGCACAGCUUUUCAGGUAAUAUCUUGGUUAACCUGUCGCCCUCAUUUGGCAGCGAUAUUAUCAAAAUUGGAUUUGUGCUGUCGAUUGCAUUCAGCUUUCCCCUGGUCAUAUUCCCGUGCCGAGCCAGCAUCUAUUCCCUUUUGUACAGAAAGCAGGGGCACACGGAGAGCAGCAAUUAUAUACCAGAGCAGCGCUUUCGCUUAAUUACACUGUUCAUCGUUAUCUUCUCGCUGUGCGUGGCGCUUAUGAUUCCAUCUGUUGAGCUUAUCAUUGGCCUGGUGGGUUCCACAAUAGGCGUGGCCAUAUGCAUUAUGUUUCCGGCAUCGAGUUUUCGCCAGAUCAUCAGAAAGGAAUCAACGGAACGCACCUUGGCGCAGUUUGUAUUCGUCAGCGGUUUUUGCCUGAUGAUACUCGGCACAUAUGCCAAUUUGAACGCCAUAGACGCCCAGAGCUCUGGUCCACAGUUUGACGGUGCUCAAGUGGUAACACCAUUGUUGCCCAACGAAAUAUCUCCGCCCGCGGUGGGUCAUGAUUUAAAGAGCUCCGAAAUAAUUAAACUGCUAGUGAAAAGCAGCGAGGCAGAAGCUAAAGAAAAUCUAGAAAACUUUGAACAUGGCAAACGUGAACCUAACGCAAAUAGCAUAAAUCUUGUCGAGAAGUCAAAUAUUGCGGAUGCUCCUUUAGAUAAUCAACCGAUGCCUCCGUUGCCUGUCGAUGAAUCACAUAACGUGGAUGCGAAUAACGAAGCGCCGCCGAUUAAGUCUGAAAGCAUACCAAAAGUGGAACCCAAACCAGUCGAAGGAAAUGAAGCGGCAUCUAUUGUAAAGAAAAACUUGACUAGCUUGGAAAAGUCUCCUGCAGCAAAUAUGCCAGUUCCUAAACCAGAAACUUCUCAGUCUUUGGACCUGGCUGCACAGCGAACCAUAGACGGAGCUGCCAUCAAAAAGGAAGAGGAAAUUACAGCCGAGGAGCAAAAAGAUAAAGCGAAUGCAGACGAAUUGCGUAAAACAGAAAAGGAACUUCAAGAAAAAAUGAAGGCUUUGGAGCGCACCGUGGACAAGCUAAACGAGGAGUUGGCAAAACAAAAGCCUCAAAGUCCAGAUGCAAUGAAACUGUUGGAAAGCAGUGUGGAUAAACUGAACGAUCAGUUGGCCCAUCAAAAUGUUGAGAAUCCAAAACCUUUGGCUGUAAACGAACUGGAUAAGGCACUGAAUAAGGUCAAAGAAAAUAAUCGUAGAAAAGAGAUGGAGGAGUCACUACUCCAGCCCCAGCUCCAAGUACAACCCCAGCCUCAUGACGCCAACAACACAAAAAAGGAACGCAAACCCGCCUCAUUGAUGGAAAUGCUCACCGAGAAUGCCCAUGCGCGAGAGGAACAGGAAGCUCAUGCUGGAGUUUUCGAACCGCUCUCCUACAAAACGGGUGAGCUGCUAAAGAAUUCAACUGGCGAUGCGCCGUUACUAGCCCAACGACUGCCACUGCCUCUGGUGCUGCUCUCGAACUCCACUCGGACAAGAACUAACGGCACCUUAGCUGCCGAACCGCCGGCUAAUAGAACAACCAACGCGGACAACGUCGAUGCCAUCAGGCGAGAGUUGUUGCAAGUAAAUGAGCCGAAGAUUGCGACUGCGCAGCCCGCGGUGCGCGUCAAACGCGAUGCCAACGAGAAUUGUCUUCCCGAGCCCAAGUUAAACGAGCUCAAAAAUAGUGCACUCGUCGGUCUCAGCCUGCAAAUCGAGAACAUGGGUCGUGAACUGAAAUCCGUCAAGGAUGAUGAUCUCGAGACGACAACGACGAUGACUACGACAUCCAACACAGAACUGGAUGCAAGCUAAUACGCGCUCAAUUGAACUGCAAGCACUACCUACACCAAAAAUUAUGUAACUGUUACAAUUGUUUUUACAUUACGCAACUGUUACCUAUGUAUUCAGAUAAUGUAACUGUUACAUAUGUUUUCAAAUUACGUGACUGUUACAUAUGUUUUUACAUUAUGUAGGUAACUGUUACAAAGACCUAUGUAUUUAGAUUGUGUAACUGUUACAUAUUAUGUAACUGUUACAUAUGUACUCACAGUAUGUAACUGUUCCAUUUGAAUUCAGAUUAUGUAACUGUUACCUAUGUAUUCAAAUGUACAGCUCCAGUGUAAUGUUCACAGGGCCAAAAAGCUUUAUGUACAUAUAUAUAUUAACUUAUUUUUAAUGAUAAUGAUGUAUUAAUUUAGUAUCUAGAAAAAGAUACAUAAAUAUGCUAAGCAAUAUAUAUAUUCAUAGAUA